AUGAGAAAAACAAGGGCAAAAACAUACAGCACAGGGGAUUCCCCAGUCGUCACCGACCUGAGUACUAAUCCUGCGAUCAGUAGCUUAUCUAGGGGAGAGCGGACGGGAUCCCGAGCUUUCUACUGUCUAUGGCCGUAUGUGAUAGCUGGAUUGUUGAGAAGGCUUUAUGAAUGGUAA